AUGACCGACGAUGACGUUAAAAGCAGAUACAAUAUAUAUAUAAAUACAACUACAAAAAUUUUAUUGUCAAUAUUCAUUUGUGCGGCGACUUAUAAACGUGGCAUGAUGAGGCUGCUUGUGAUUUUGAUUUCUGUGCUGCUUGCAGUCUUUCUGCCAGCAGCUGAAUCAGCACCUGAAUCAUAUGUAUUUAUGUCUGACGAAAUAAUAAGCGUCACUGACGAAUUUUUCAAAGACGAUCUGAUCAUUCACAGGGCAGAGUAUGACGUUGUAGAUAUAUUGUUCCCUUUGAACGCCCUAAACAGAGACCUGUAUGCACAUCACACACUACUAUUCUUCGUAUUAGCUGAUUUCAGUAGCGGACAACGAGUCGACAAAGGCCUUUACGUUAGAAGAGAUGGGCAAAUCACUAAGUUACUUGAUAGCGCAAGGGUAUCGACUGCCGCUAAAGAUCACACGUCAACUGCUUACUUUGGAACGGCAAACGGACUAUACCAUUACAAUGCACAAAAUAAUACAGCUGAGAGAUACGGCACGAUUACUGAAGGUAUAAUCAGUCUAGUAAAAGCGAACGGCAACGACACAAUAUACGUACUGACUGAUGAUUAUAUUCUAUAUAAAGUAACUGAUCAGGGAACCAACAAGGAGAGAAUUGACAAACCCGCGAACGUACGGGACAUCGUGUUUGACAUUAAUGACAAUUUGUUUUUGCACACAUCUGAUAAAACUGUGCACAUUAUGAAUAGAGGUGGCCUUCAGAAAAUCGAGGGUUUAGACGAAAAUCCGACAUACUUAAAAAUAUACAAAGGGCCAUUCUUUGUUAAUUUUUAA